AAUCAUCAGAUAAUAUUAAUCAACCAGAUAUAACAAAACAGGAUAUUAAUAUAGCAUUAGCCAAAGCAUUUGUAGAAGCUGACAUUCCGCUAGAAAAAAUUAAUAAAUUACUGAAUUUUUUCAAAGAAUAUUGUAUUAAAGGUAAAUUAAUUAAUAUAUGA